UUUUGACGGUGAAUGUUUAGCGGGUCAUGAAACGCAGGAUGCUGUGUUUAGUAACGCUGGCCUCACAUGCGUUGUGAGCGCGCUUUGCUCAUUCUCGCAUCGCGCUUGCGCCGUGUGUUGACUGUUGUCGGAGAGACGCGACUGAUUCAUAUGAGCCCUGCACGGUCAAACAGGAAGCGACACGGAACAGGUAGCCUACCGAUAGGCAUAUCGAUACAGUUGAAUUUCGACGAUAUGGAAAAGGCAUUGUAGAUGACACAGGGGGAGACUACAAUGUGACGAGGACAGCAUGAUUUUAUGACGGGACGCCGCACGGAAGGCUUGUUAUUCUGCGCCGAGACCCGCUGGUUUUGGGGGAAAUCGUUGUGUGAUCUAGUUCCCUAAGAAGCUGCUUGGAUGUGAAGUGGAAAUUGCAUUAAAGACAUUCCAAAGAUGCCCAAGAGGUGGACCGCAGUCACGCGAUGCAGCUGCCUCCCCGCCGUCUUGUGGCUUCUCGUGCUACCCAGGUGUAUAUUGUCGAUCCGCGCCGACAACACCUUCAGCAAGGACGACGUUGUUAGCGCCACUGUGAAUGCUACUGUUCUUGACUCCAAAGGCAAUCCCAAGCUCAUUCUAACCAAGGACGAUGGCAAGUACGGGCAGAAUUCACCGAAAGUGGAUGCGAAGGGAAUCGUGAUUGCUCCUGCACCUUAUAAUGGAGUGGUGGACCGCCAGGGCUGCGACCCCCGAACCCGCUUCCUGGUGCCCCCCCGGACCCUCCACUGGGUGGCGCUGCUGCAACGGGGGAACUGCACCUUCAAGGAGAAGAUCCUGAAGGCCUCUGCCUUCAACGCCUCGGCCGUGCUCAUCUACAACAACAACUCUAAAGAGGACACCGUCAAGAUGGGCCAUGAAGGUCAGCUCCUGUGCGGGGAGACGGUGGCAGUGAUGAUCACCGAGUCGUACGGCCGGGAGACUGGUCUGCUGGAGAAGAACCUGACGGUGCUGGUGAGCGUGAUGGUGGGCCAGCGCGGCCAGGCCAAGACAACAUCAACCGGGGGUUCUCUGGUGUUCGUGUCCAUCUCCUUCAUCGUGCUGAUGAUCAUCUCCUCCGCCUGGCUCAUCUUCUACUUCAUCCAGAAGAUCCGCUACACCAGCGCCCGCGACCGCAGCCAGGUGAGACCUCGCUAGUCGGGCCAGUAAGAAUCAGUUACAUUCACUCCUCAGGUGGAAAAUACUGUCCACCCACACCAGCGACAAGCUAGCUCCAUUUGGAGUCUGAAUAGACUCGCUGGUUAGACUAGCUGGCUAACAAAUAGCUAGUUGUCGUUGGCAUAGCUGGUAAGGAGUUGUGCUUGCAAACAUGUCUUCCACAAGGUGUGUGUGGACCCCUGGCUGAACGAGCACUGUACCUGCCCCAUGUGUAAACUCAACAUCCUCAAAGCCCUGGGCAUCAUGCCCAACCUGCCGUGCGUGGACAACGUAGCGUUCGACAUGGAGCGUCUGAGUCGCAGCCAGACGUCCAGCAGCCAGCGCACGGCUCUGGUGGACCUGUCCAGCGACACCUCUAUCAGCCUGGAGCCUCUCAGCCAGCAGGGGGCGCCGCAGGGCCCUGCAGACCGAGAGCUCACCCCCCACACCGGGGAGAUCAACAUCGCCGUCACCAGUGGUCACUUCUUCAACAGGAGCUCCAUGGUCUUUGAGGCGGAGCUGCCUGACAUCCAGGCCUCGCUUGACCUCUACGACGACAACAAGUCAUGAGGGGCAGCGCCAUGGUUACCACUCCGUAACCAAGGGGAUUGAUUAUUUCUUGGAUUGCACACUGGUGGACCUGUGUGUGUAUGUAUGUAUGUGUGUGUGUGUCAGAGGAGUGUGGGUGAUGGCACAUGCAGUAUAUGACAAACCUUUGGAACAUCAAUGAUGACAUCAAAUACUUUCUUCCCAUGCAAAAUAUACUCCUACUUGUCCAAAAGAAGAGAGGAAUAUCUGGCUCUAUUCUUCCUUGUUAUAUUACGUCUUUCCUGAGAGUUAUUUUGUCAGCCUUUUUUCUUGUUAGAAAAUCUUUAGAGAAGGAAGUGAAAACGUAUCCUUCAGUCUUAUUUUGCAGUAUGCUGGUGUAGUGUCUGUUUUAAACAUGAUCUAGAAAUAACCACAGGUUUUUAAUGUAUACUCAUUGUACCCUCAGCAUCCUACAUGUAUAUAUGAAUAGAUAAUCGUUGUUUAAUUUGAGCUUCAUUCGCCUCCGCUGUUGUCAGAAUAUGACUCUUUGUCUGUGAAGGCAGAACCUGCAACUCGGACUGCUUCAGUACUUCCUGGUGGACCAGUCCGGGGUGGUAUUAAUGCUGCCUGAAGAACAGAGAGGAGGGCAGUGACGCAGGACUUUUUCACGUUUGCCCUCUCUCUCUCUCUCUCUCUCUCUCUCUCUCUCUCUCUCUCUCUCUCUCUCUCUCUCUCUCUCUGUCUCUCCCUCCUCCUGGUCCCUUCUUUCAGUGACACUAAACGAGAGACUGGAGAACCAGUGGAGCAACGUACAAUGUCUGGAACUUUGUGAAACAGUGUUACUCUCCUGUAGCGAAACCAAUGUUUCUCUGUAGUACAAAAAGGCAUUUUAAUGUGUAUUCAAAAAAAUUAUAAUUGACCCUCAGCGUGUAAUAAUCAGACCCUGAUGAGGGGAAUCUAGUAUAUAUAUAUACAUAUACAUAUAUACAUAUAUAUAUAUAUAUAUAUAUAUACGGUAUAUACAAUCUAUACAUGAUAUAUCUCUAAAGUGGCCUAUUAAAGCACUGUUCUUGUUUCUUUACUAAAUCUUGUAUGAAUCGGGUGGAAGGGAAUAGUUCUUUUGUGCGUGUUGUUCCUUUGUGUUCUUGUCUUUGUAUCUGAUAUUUGGGACUGUGGUGAUGAGGUGGCAUGAGGGCGAGGUGGAGUCCAACACUGUUUUUGGGUCACUGUGUUUCAUACAGUACUGCCUCAGAAUUAAAAGUAAUUAUUGACUAUUUUGUUGUGAUUGGAGUGCCACAGUUAUCCCCUAGAUUCAUGUUUUUAGUUUGGUGGUCUGUUUCCAGAACAAUGAUACAUUUUGUCCAAUCAAAGGAUGAUGUGGAACGUAGCAAAGGUUAAUAUAGUGUCCACGCGUUCAGUCCUUUCACCAGAUAUAUCAAAUAUACAUUUCUCUUCAAACUAAAUUAAAUAUUUGGUCCAUCUCAAUACCAAUACUACCAUACUAUUUAGUACAUACAAUAAAUAAUACUGGUAUGGGUAUUGAGACACACCCAUUGUGUUCUGAUAAGCCAAUAUAAUUUGCUACAAUGAAAUGUGUGACAGCAGAGGUCGCUGUUGUCCGUUCUGUGGGGCAUGAGCUUGUAGACUGAGUAAACAACCUGACGCCUACUAAUAAACAUUGUAUCGCCAUC